ACAGGACCUGUGACAUUACCCGCCAAGCUUUGUGACGCAGUUGCCUACCAGGUCAGGAAGCUGUUACCCCGGCCCGGCCCACCCUUUUCCGCUACCGCCGUGGGAAUGGAAACAUCUGCCCCACGUGCCGGAAGCCUGCUGGCGGCGACAACGGCACGCCACUCCACGUCCUACUACAUAGAUCCUUUGCGAGUAUCCUCGCGAGACGAACUCACCGAAAUGGCCGUGUCUGGUCAAGGAAACUUUGAGGGAAAUUUUGAGUCGCUGGACCUUGCAGAAUUUGCUAAAAAGCAACCAUGGUGGCGCAAGCUGUUUGGGCAGGAAUCUGGGCCUUCCGCUGAAAAGUAUAGUGUGGCAACCCAGCUGUUAAUUGGAGGUGUUACUGGAUGGUGUACAGGGUUCAUAUUUCAGAAGGUUGGAAAGUUGGCUGCAACAGCUGUGGGAGGUGGAUUUUUUCUUCUUCAGCUUGCAAACCAUACUGGGUAUAUCAAAGUUGACUGGCAGCGGGUAGAGAAGGACAUGAAGAAAGCCAAAGAACAGCUGAAGAUUCGUAAGAGCAACCAGAUACCUACUGAGGUCAAGAGCAAAGCUGAGGAGGUGGUGUCAUUUGUGAAGAAGAAUGUUCUAGUGACUGGGGGAUUUUUCGGAGGCUUUCUGCUUGGCAUGGCAUCCUAAGAAGAAAGACUUCACUUCCAUUGUUGCUGGUUUUUCCAGCCAGCAGCUUCUACACUCCAUUGUAGGAUACCAAGUCUCUCUUCUUCCUCUUCUCCUGUGCCUUCUUCCCUGCCAUGGCAAUUCUGAAUGGCUUCUCUAGGCAUAUGUCGGUACAAGUUAAUACAGCCCUACCUUGAGCUUGGUGGUGGCAGAAGAGACAAUAGAGACAUUAGCUCUCCUCCUAGUACACUCCCCCACUUCGCCAAUCUGUAGGUCAGCAAGAAUGUUCCUUGUCCUUCUACAUAAGAUACUUACCAGAACAUGUUGCAAGAUGGUUCACCACAGAGGAUGAGUGGAUUCUCAAAGGUUAUCUCAAACUGUUGAUUUGGAAAAGAAAUGUGCACAUAGUUUAUUAUGUGCUGCAUGGAAAGGAACUGAAUACAUUUGCCUUUAAGCAUGAAA